AUGCGGGCGACGUUGGCGGCGUCCGCGGAUGAGCCAGGGGUGACGCACGUCCUACGCACGGAUGAUUCGGUGAAUGACGACGAGAUCGAGGACGGCGCGUUGUGGCGAAUCACGGAGACGAGAGUGGCGACGUCGAGUGGAAAGACGGAGCAAAGGUUACACUUUUGGUUUUAUCCGGAUUCGUACGACGCCUGGUACGCGGAUUCGUCGAUUAGUGGUAAGGGGAAAGCGCCGUGGGCGCCGGAGACGAGCGUGAUUUUGAGAAAUAAAGCGGAGAAGAGAAACGACCUGCCGCACAACGUGCGCGCGCGAUGGUUGCGCGACAGUCACACGUUUAACGAGUGGAUGAACGAGCUCGAUUACGAGUACGACGUGACGCGCGAAAUGUUGAGCGCGCCGCGGCACGCGUGGGAUCCAUCGAACGCGCCACAAAACAAACGCGCGCGUGCGCCCGAAAACUUUGAGGGUGAUGCCGAAAUUCUCGCUCCAGGAGAAGAGGAACGCGUGCCGUGGGGGUUUGCCGUCACGCGUCGUCGCGUCGUUCGCGCGCAUCCAGUCGUCGCGGCGGCGGCGAGUCAAGACGACGGCGCACUCGUCUUGCAAGACGACGAAGAACUAAUCACGAAAGAGUUCAUGAUUGCGAAAACGCUACGCAUGCAGAAUAUCUCGGUGGAUCAGUUGCCGUGGAAUGCGACGCCGUCAAUGCGCAAAGCCGAGCGUAAAGCCGAGCCUUUAACGGAGUACAGAGUGCCGACGCACAGCGCUUGGUUCAAAUGGGGCGAAGUUCACGCCAUCGAAAGACGUGCGUUGCCAGAAUUCUUCGACGAUGAUGACACGUGUCAAAAGUACAUCGCGUGUCGAAACGAAAUCAUGAAUCAGUUUCGCUUCAAAGGCCAAGAGGUUACGUUGCAUGAAGUGUCUUCGUCAAGAACGACAAAAAAUAUUGUCGACGCCGCCGCGCAUCAGAGAAUUUUCUCAUUUCUCGAGCAGUGGGGAUUGAUUAAUUGGCAAUUCACAUCCGGACGUGAUGUGAUUGACUUGAAACAAAAACCUCUCGCCGCGUGGCGUCGCAUCGUCACUGGCGAGGAUGGCGCGGCGCGUGUCGAGAAGACGGAUCCCUUAGCCGCCUUCAAAGGGACGUUGUUCGAGUUUUCGAAAUGUCGUGCGACGACUGCGAGUGGUUUACACCCGCUCGAACCGCAGUCGAGAUAUGCGCCGUCUUCGGAAACGCAACUCGAGCGUCAAUCUUUGGAUGCGUUGUUUGCCUCUCACGACGCGCUGUCAAAGCGUGGGGUCGACGUCAAGUUUGCGUGCAACGCGUGCGGCGCUGAUUUAAAGAGCACUGGCGUUUUUUACCACGCGUUUCUCACGCGUGAUUUUGAUUUGUGCCCAUCGUGCUUUUCCAAAGGCGUGUACCCGCACGGCCAAGCGAGCGGCGACUUUGUCAAGGCAAUGUACCCAGACUUUCACGCCGAAGCCGUCUCGGCGGACGAAAUCGUCGACGACGCCGAGUGGACGCCGCAGGAGGUCGCCGCCCUGCUCGAUGCAAUUUCGCAGUCGAAUGAGUUAAAUUGGAACGAUAUUGCUUCUGCGGUCGGGACAAAGAGCGAGGAUGAGUGCUUGAAGCACUUCGCGCGCAUGCCCAUCGAAGACGCCGCGAUUGAAAACAUAGAGCGCGAGUUACUUGUGCCGCGCGGCGCCAUCAUCGAUGAUGAGGGAGCCAAGAUCCUCGAUCCUGUGCCUUUCUCAUUCGCCCCAAACCCCACGAUGGCUCAGCUCGAGUUUUUGGUGAGCAUGAUCUCCCCUCGCGUCGCCGCUGCGUCGGCGAAAGCCGCGCUGACGAAAAUCGCGCUCGGCGGGUCGCUCGACGCCGCCGACCUCAACGUCGACGGUCUCGCCGCUGCCGCCAUUCAAGCCAAGAUCCUGGCCCAAGACGAAGAACACGAAGUUCAUCGCAUCAUCGCCAGUGCUCUGGACGUCUUGCUGAAAAAGCUCGAAAUUAAGCUCAGAUUCCUCGGCCGACUGGUCGACGACGAGCCGGAGACGGCGAGCCGUCUCGCCAAGCUUCGAGAGGAGUCCGCGCGCAAUCGAACGAACGAUCUGUACACGCGCGACCUCGUGAGUUCUCAUGAUUGGCGGCGAAUGGGCGCCGACGUCGCGCGCGCGGGCGUGAACAAGCGCUCGUGGUACAACGAACGAUUCGGCGCCGAUACGGUGGCGACGUUCGAGCCCAGGCUCGCGAGCGCGUUCGCGAAGGCGGGGAUCGAGGGCGCGUACACGCUCGACGGCAACACCGGCGACACGAGACCUGCGCACCGCGUCGCGGCUUACGCCGAGGAAACGCACGGCCCGGCGGCGCAGGACGCCUUCAUGCGCGCCAUGUUCCACAGAUACUUCAUCGAAGCGCUCGCGCCGUGCGACGAAGCCGUGAUGAGAGACGCGGCGAGCGCCGCGGGUUUGGACGAAGCGGCGGUUUCCAAAGUGCUCGCCGACGGCGAGGCGUCGCCGUUCGAGACGGUCGUGGAGGAGCAAAUGUCGGCGACGCGCGCGCGCGUUCGCGGCGUGCCGCACUUCAUCAUCACGUGCGACGGCGACGGUGCGUCGCGAAAGAUUGAGAUCGGCGGCGCGCAACCGCCCGAGGCGUUUUUGGACGCGUUCGCCGAGCUUUUGGAUUUGGACGCCGACGACGUCGCAGCGACGAAGUCCUAA